AUGUCUCCUUUAAAAUUUUCAUAAAGUUCUGACUUUUGUAAAAAAAAUAAUUGUCGUUGUCCUAUAGUAUCUAUAUUAGGUCAUGUAGAUACAGGAAAAACAAAGCUUCUUGAUAAAUUAAGAAAUACAAAUGUAUAACUAGGAGAAGCUGGAGGAAUAACUUAAUAAAUAGGCGCAACAUAUUUUCCAAAAGAAAAUAUAAUCCAACAGAUUGAAAAGUGUGUAGAAUUUUAUCCCUUAAAAGAAUAAGAAAUCAACAACUUAUUAAUAAUAGAUACUCCGGGACAUGAAUGCUUUGAAAAUUUAAGAAAAAGAGGCUCUAAAAUGUGUGAUUUGGCCAUUUUAGUAGUGGAUUUAAUGCAUGGACUGGAAGCUUAAACAAUUGAGUAUAAAUGCUACGGAUGGAAUAAAAAAGAGUUCAGGUCCAGUUUUUUUGCUUUGAAAAAUCAAUAAAAAAAUACAAUAAAUGAUUUCAAUUAAAGAUUUUAAGAAAUCGUUACUUAGUUUUAAUAAUAAGAAAUUAACGUGACUCUUUUCUGGGAUGAAUCUUUAAAUAGAAAAGAAUUUGUAUAAGUUAUCCCUACUUCAGCAAUUAGUGGAGAAGGAAUUCCUGAUUUAUUGAGCGUUGUAUUGAAAUAAUACUAGAUUUUAUAAAAUUAUUAGGAUGAAGAUGAGUUUUUCUCUUGUGUAGUAAUGGAAGUCAAGAAGGUUGAAGGUUUAGGAUUCACUGUUGAUGCAAUUUUAAAAAAAGGGUCAAUUAAAAAAGAUGAUAAAAUUGCGCUUGUUGGGUUCAAUGGAAUCAUUAAAACUAAAGUUAAGGCUAUUCUAACACCUCAUCCUAUGAAAGAAAUGAGGAUUAAAGGAUAAUAUAUAAAACAUUAAUAAAUAGAAGGUUCAAUUGGUAUAAAAAUAUAUGCUCCAGAUCUUGAAAAAGCAAUUGCAGGAAGUGAACUUCAUAUAAUAAAUUGCUAAGAAGAUGAAGAUUAUGCAAUGACUAUGUUAAAAGAUAAUCAUUUAGAAUUAAAGAAAAUUUAAUUAUAAGAAUAAGGAGUUGUUGUUUUGGCUUCCUCUUUAGGUUCUUUAGAAGCUUUAUGCGAAUUUUUGUAAAGUCAAAAAAUACCUAUUUCAUAUACAUCUGUCGGUUCUGUAUGCAAAGAAUGUGUGUCUAUUGCCCUAAAGUAAGGCAUUGUUGGAUAAAAAGAAUUUGCUUGUAUUUUAGCUUUUGAUGUUAAAGUUUUACCAGAUGCAGCAAAAUAUGCAGAAGAAAAUCAUAUAAAAGUUUUCACAGCAAAAAUAAUUUAUUAAUUAUUUGAUUCCUUUAAAAAAUAUUAAGAAGAAUGUAUCCUUAUUAGAAAAAAAGAAGAAGGAAAGUUAGCCGUUUUUCCAUGUAUUUUUAAACCAAACAAUAUUCUUUGUAAUUCAAGCCCAUUUUUGAUAAAUGGAGAAGUUAAAUAAGGAGUUAUUAAAGUUGGAACUCAAUUGUGUACUUAUAAUUAAGAAAAAAUAAAAGUAGGAAUUGUUGAAAAUAUAGAAGUUAAUAAGAAAAGUGUAAAAGAAGCUAGAAAAGAAAACGGAUAUAUUACUAUUAGAAUUAAAGGAAGUGAUAACUUUUCAACUAAUUGCAAACUUGUCUCAAUUUUAAGUAGGGAAUCUAUCGAUGCUCUUAAAGAGUUUUAUAGAAAUGAUGUUAGUAAAAGUGAAUGGGUUCUAAUUAAAGAUAAGCUUAAACCUUUCUUUAAUAUUGUUUGA